CAGGCUCAAGUCCACGCCCCGCCCCAAGUUCUCCGUGUGCGUCCUGGGGGACCAGCAGCACUGCGACGAGGCCAAGGCCGUGGACAUCCCCCACAUGGACAUCGAGGCGCUGAAGAAGCUCAACAAGAAUAAGAAGCUGGUCAAGAAGCUGGCCAAGAAGUACGAUGCCUUUCUGGCCUCGGAGUCUCUGAUCAAGCAGAUCCCACGAAUCCUGGGCCCUGGCCUCAAUAAGGCUGGCAAGUUCCCUUCCCUGCUGACCCACAAUGAAAACAUGGUGGCCAAGGUGGACGAGGUGAAGUCCACCAUCAAGUUCCAGAUGAAGAAGGUACUGUGUCUGGCCGUGGCUGUUGGCCAUGUGAAGAUGACAGACGACGAGCUGGUGUACAACAUCCACUUGGCCGUCAACUUCCUGGUGUCACUGCUCAAGAAGAACUGGCAGAACGUCCGGGCCCUGUACAUCAAGAGCACCAUGGGCAAGCCCCAGCGCCUGUACUAGGGCGCCCCCAAUAAAUUUCGCUGCCCCCACA